GCAUUCCGCAACAACGGUGCAGGGUUUGGAGAGCCACAGUGUGCAGCAGGAAAACCGCACCACGGCACUAACAGAGGAGGGAAUGCGAAACACAUAGGUUACCCAUACAAUAAAACAUGGACAUGAAAGGGAGAAGCCUUCUUCUUCCAAAGGACACAAAGAAUGGAAACAUUUCUGUUUUCAUUCCAGCUGAAGAGCAGUUUUUCCUCUGAAAUCCAAGGAAACCUUCACAGCUUGGUCCGACGGAGCCCAUCUCAACUGGUAGAGAGAAGAAUGGAUGAAAAACACCAAGACUAACGAAUCAUUGUGGCACAAGGAGACAGAAUAGGACGAAUAACCACAAUCAGACUAGUAUUUCAUCAUUGAAUGAACCUGUGAAUAAUCAUCGGAAACACACCGCAUCUCCUCAUUUUACAGCCGGUCUUUUGUUUUCCACGAAAUUCCAGUAGUGGGAUGCUUUCGCGUUGUGCUGCUGCAUAAGGUUGAAGAAAACAAUUCAGGGACAAAUAUGGGUGAAGUUCAGGACGUCAGGGAUGUUAAGAAGAUUUUUGUUGCUCCAGCAAUAAAGUCUUUCGAGCACUAUGACUUCUCCCGAGCCAAAAUCUGUUGCAGCCUCACAUGGCUGGUGGCCAAAGCAUAUGGGACAGACAGCAUCCCAGCAGACUUGAAGGACCCCUUCUACACAGACCAGUAUGAGCAGGAGCACCUGAAGCCUCCCGUGGCCAGCCUCCUGCUAUCCGCUGACCUCUACUGCAGGGCCGGCAGCCUCAUCCUAAAGAGCGACGCCGCCAAACCCCUGCUGGGCCACGAUGCCGUCAUCCAGGCGCUGGCUCAGAGAGGACUCUACGUCACUGACCAGGAGAGACUGGUCACUGAGAGGGACCUUCGAAAGAGGCCUCUGCAAAUGAGUGCCCAUCUGGCCAUGAUCGACACUCUGAUGAUGGCGUACACAGUGGAGACAGUGAGCGCGGAGAAGGUGAUGGCCAGCAUUCGCCAGUAUUCAUCCCUCAACCCCGAGGUAGAAACGCCCUAUGACACAGAGGACGCAGUCACCACCUGGAUCAACAAGGUAAAUGACUAUCUGAAAGACAUUGUGGCUCAGGAGCAGAGGAAGAAGGAGAUUCAGACUACUGAGCCUGCUGGAAGCCCUCGGUCUCCAACCAAGUGGUACAUGAAGCUUGUGCCUGCUCGCUACAGGAAGGAGCAGGCCUCCAGCCAGCAGAUUCCCUGGAUCCCCCCAGUGGACAACCUGCUGAAAGACAGCACAGAUGGCUCAGCUCUGGGCGCACUGCUGCACUUUUACUGCCCUCAGCUGCUACCACUGGAUGAUGUCUGUCUGAAGGAGAACAUGACGCUGGCCGAUCGGCUCUACAACCUGCAGCUCAUACAGGACUUCUGCAAAGACAACCUGAACAGCAGCUGCCACUUCAGCCUGGAGGACAUGCUCUACGCCUCCUCCACCAUCAAGAAUAACUACCUGGUGUUUAUGGCAGAGCUGUUUUGGUGGUUUGAGGUGGUCAAGCCGUCUUUUGUGAAACCAAGAAGUUUGGACAAUGAAAACACAGAGCCCUCAUCCUUGUUGAAGAAUAUGCCAUCCAUUCCCAUCUCCAAGGCAACUAAGAGGAGCUUCAUGGAAAGACCCCCUAGUCCUGAAAGACCCAGUUUGCCUCUGCGACCCCAGCCUCGAAACACAGGAGAUAUCAAGAGGUCAACCUCAAUGUCCUUUGUCGAUGGCAACCUCGGUACCUGGCCCAAAGAGAAAAGGUCUGGGCCUUAUGGAGUGUCUUUUGACAUCCCCUUUGACAAAGAGGAUUCUGCUCCUGGCCCUUUUUCCUCCACACGUGGUAUGGUCAGGUCUGUCAGCACUGAUGAUGGUUCUGGUUUCAAAGUCCACCACCUGCCCCGUGGAAUGAAGCGCAACUUGUCCUUCCAGCCAGUGAAUGGCCAGAGCGUUGGCAUUGAAGAGGAGGGUUGCCCAGACAGCCUAGCUGGUAUGGGGCCUGAGAGGCGAGCCUUCCCCAAUGGACAUGGCAAUGUCUUGGCAACAGCUCCCUCCAUGGAAGAGGCCCUCCAGAUCAUCCACAGCCCUAGCAGGCCCCCAGUGGAAGGGAUCAACAAUGGCUUCUUCCUACACAGUCAGAGCCACGGGGCUGGUGUUGGUGGCUUGGAGCCGGUGUCAGAGGUGGACUCCAAAGGGCCUCUGAGCACCACAGACACCACAGAGGUGGACACUGGUAUCCAUAUCCAAACAGAAGACAUGUUGGAUGAGGAUUCCUCUCUGAAAGACUGCUCUGUGAACAUGGACUUGGAUAUGGACACGCCAAGCCCUUGCCCAAGCAGUCAGAGCAAAUCCCCCUCAGGAGUAAAGAUGACCAGUUUCGCCGAACAGAAGAUGAAGAAGAUCAAUCCAUCAGCGCCGGACUCAGGAAGAGGCAGCAGCAGCUCCCUGAAGACUACUCCAGAGGGCUCCGAGUUUGGUCUCCCAUUAUCUGUCUCCUGGGCCCCAACCCCUGAGCACAGCCCCGUCCAUCAACAAACCACACCAACCCUCACUGCUCAAGCAUCACCCACACCUGUACAACUUCCACCCAAUGACCCCGCUCAGGUCAUGGCUACAGAGAUGGUUCAGCUGAGGAUGCGGCUGGAGGAGAAACGGAAAGCCAUCGAAGCACAGAAGAAGAAAGUGGAGGCCGCUUUUACAAGGCAUCGGCAAAAGAUGGGUCACUCUGCGUUUCUCAAUGUGGUAAAGAGGAAAGGCGAUGGGGCUGCUAGUGGAGAGGAAGGAGGGAAAAUUGAGGGAGAAGGCAAGGCUUUAAGCACAAGUCCUACCUUUAAAUUUGGGAGGAGCAAGGCCGACACACCUGAUGGGGCAGAGCAAAGCAGCACAAGCUCUUGUUGGCAAAAGUCACCUGGUGGAGGAGAGGAGGGUGGGCAAAGCCCUGCUCAGCUAACCGAGGUGGAUCUUUCUGAGUAUACACGUUCUAUUGAGAAACUCAACCAUUCCUUAGCGUUCCUUCAGACUGAGAUGCAGCGACUUGCUCAGCAGCAAGAAGUGAUCAUGGCCAUGAGGGAGCAACAGCAUCAGCAGGCGUGGGUCAUCCCUCCUCCACAUACAAACCCUUCGCCACAAAAACAUAGCCGAGCCGUUACUCGAUCCUCAGGACCCUCUUCCCCCGCUGACUCCCCUCGUUCCACCCACCGCUCUCCAACCAGCAUCAAACGCAAAUCUGCCUCCUUCCACUCACGCAAUCCCCGCGCCACUCGACCCAGUGAGCUCAAGCUGGCCCCCUACAAUCGAGUCCUAACUGCUCCGCAAUCUGUCGACAGUAUCCCGAGACUACGGCGGUUUUCUCCCUGCCAGCCCUUGGCAAGUUCCUUUGUUUACAUGGGGGAGAAACCAGCAGCCACAAAUCCAGAGACAGUAGCCUCAGAUGGAGAUAAAAAUAAAGAGACAGAUUCACUCCUUUCCCCUGAGAGGGAGCUCACCAGUAUAUGUGUAGCCAACUCACCCCCCAGCUCACCCAAACUACAGAGCAAAAGAGAACAAACAGAAGUAGAUUCAAAUGCCAAAACCCAGGAAGUCAAAGCUGACAGCCAGUCCAAGACCACUGACAUGGAAACAGACAGCCAGAAAGCUGCUCAGAAGCCAAGUGUAGAUAUCAAACCUACAGUAGAGUCGUCAUUCCCUGAGGUUCUGUCUCACCCUGUGGUAGAGACCUUUACAGUGACACCGACAGAGAUCCCUCCCCAGCCAGAAGUCAAAAGCAGCUUGAUUGAGGUUCCGCUGUCAGUCGUGAAGCCUCUGGAGGACCUGGCAUUUGAUGAUGGUCUGGAGAUGGAGCAAGGUACCGUGGAAGGCCAGGAUGAGGAACAGAAGAUAUGCCGUGGCUUCUUCUUCAAGGCGGAUGGAAAGGCUGAGGAGAACAUGGCUCAGAAGAGGGCAGCACUGCUGGAGAAAAGGUUGAGGAGGGAGAAGGAGAGCCAGCAGAGGAAGAUGCAGCUGGAAGCUGAGCUGGAGCAAAAGAAGGAGGAAGCUCGAUUAAAAGCAGAGGAGGAGCGUGUCAGGAAGGAGGAGGACAAGGCGAGAAAAGAGUUCAUCAAGCAGGAGUACCUCAGGAGGAAGCAGCUGAAGCUGAUGGAGGACAUGGACACCGUCAUUAAACCUCGACCAGCUGGUGGGGCUAAACAGAGGCGGGGCCGACCCAAGUCUAUCCAUCGCGAUAGCAUGGACUCCCCCAAAACCCCUGUCAGAGCUGCCACAGGUUCACGCCAACGUGUCUUUUCAGUCUCCAGCUUGUCCCUAGCUUCCCUCAACUUGGGAGACAGCGAUAGUGUUCACUCUGAGAAGAGAGCGCCAAGGCCAGAUUCUGCAGAUGGCUUCCUGUCCCCAAGUCGCUCCAGCAGCAGGAAUGGAGAAAAGGACUGGGAAAACGGAUCCACAACCUCCUCCGUUACAUCCAACACAGAGUACACUGGACCGAAGUUGUACAAGGAGCCCAGUGCCAAAUCUAACAAGCACAUCAUCCAGAACGCCCUCUCCCACUGCUGCCUCGCUGGCAAGGUUAAUGAGGGGCAAAAGAACAAGAUCCUGGAGGAAAUGGAGAAGUCAGAAGCCAACAACUUCUUGGUUUUGUUCAGAGAUACCGGCUGCCAGUUCCGCUCGCUCUACACUUACUGCCCUGAGACAGAGGAGAUCAACAAGCUGGCAGGCAUUGGCCCCAAGAGCAUCACACGUAAGAUGAUCGACGGCCUCUACAAGUACAACUCGGACAAGAAGCAGUUCAGUCAGAUACCAGCGAAGACCAUGUCGGCCAGCGUGGACGCAGUGACGAUCCAUAGCCAUCUCUGGCAAACCAAGAAGCCAGCCACCCCUAAAAAAGUAGUGCCUGCCCAGUCAUAAUGGAACUUGAUACUCCAAACAUCACCAUCCCCCACCCCUCUAAUGGAACACACCCAUUUCAAUUUGCACUUCACUGUAUAUAUCCAUGAAGAUUCAAACACCUGCAAUGCCAGUUAGAUGAAUGCAUAUUUGUCUUUUUUUGUUGUUUGUUUUUCCUCUCAUCGCAUUCCUGUCCAUGUUUUUCCUACUUACUCUGGACUGGACAAGAUAGGACUCAAAGAUUAUGAACAACUGGAAUGUAUGCCACUGUUGAAAAAUUAUGUAAAUGCUUAUCACUUAUGUGUUUUGUAGAGAUUACCAUGUUUGAGUCAGUUUAUGAAGGCAUGUGUGAGUGUUGUUUUUGUUUCCUAUGUGCCAAACGUCAAAAAAGAGACAGUAUGAAUGCUAGGACAUUUUACUCAGUACACUGAAGCACUGAAUGUUUAUAAUUCAUGUACAGAUUGAUUUUAGUUUGCAUUUUCCUGUUGAUGUGUGGCCUUAUGUGCGUUUUGUUUUAGCGUGUGAUUGCAAUGAGUUGAUUGUAAAGCAGCGUAUACGGAGGCUUUUUUUUUUGUAUUUGGAAGAACACUUUUUUUCUUCAUCUCUGUGGGUAAAACAGUUUGUAUAUUAAGGUAUGUAAAACUACAAAGGGCCAAAAAACUAAUUGCAUACAGCUAGUGUUAGCCACACAGUACAUGUGUGUUCAACUCGACAAAGCCAAGCGGUUUCAGCUUUUUCAGAACCCUUUUUGAGAAAGUGAUUUGUAAAGAAUGCAGGACGUUACUCUAGAUCACUGGUUCUCAACCUGUGGGUCAGGAAAACUGUAGAGAAUCUGAGCUAUAAUGUAUGAUGUGUGAACAAGAUAUUUCUAAAAUACAAAUAUGCUGUCAUGUUUGUCAUUGUGAUAAAUUCCUUUUUCUUGUGAUAUACAUAAGUAGUUGCAACCUCAAGACUUAUUCCAAUAAUUAAAUGAAAAUAAUGGACAAUGAAAAUAAAAGUCAUUCCUGUGUGGUCAGAGUUAAA